GCCGCUUGCGCCCGCUCGCCUUUCCGUACCUGCGAGAUGCUCCGAAGGCGGCGAGUCUUCUCGGUGGCGCCUCUCGGCAGCGGAGCUAGUGCCUGGAACCCCAUAGAGAACUGCGUGGUGUUGACCUCAGUCAGCAUGUUUCAGAGUCUACAGGAACCUCAACUCCAUUGCCCCCUUGACUUGGAGCUGGAUGGCAAGAUAAACAGCCAGGUGGAUCGAUUGGAUGAGGCUGGCUCCCUAACAGAACCUAUUCCCCACCAGCUAGGCUUCUUGCCCAUCAGCGGGAGGUUCCUCAAAUCUGAGUCGGAGGAUUCUGGUGUUGAAAUGACCAGCAAUGAUCACUCUCCCUCCAGCCCGGAGGGCUCAGAGAAAAGCUUCUCUUUGGACUGUCUUGAUGGCUUCCAGCCUUCGAUGGAAGACUCUCCACCACUUUCUGCAGCUCCCUGCCAAGGCUGCCCCAAAGGUGAAGAGCAGGAGGACCUGGGUCCCAUCCAGGAUCGUGUCUACUGCCGGAAUCUCUCUGUCAGCAAGAAGUUGGCCCAGGUGGUCCAGCGGUCUCAGAAGCACCAUCUGCCUCGCCGAUCCCCUGGGCGGCUGGGUCAGAGGCCCCAUAGCCCAGUGGACUUGGAGGGCCUGAAUUCCUAUCAUUUGCACCGGGCAGCGAGCAUUGACAAGAAUGUGGAUGCUGCUGCAGGGGAAUUGAUUCCUAUGCUGUCUGGCAACAGCACGCCAGAGGAAUGGAGCCCACAAGGACAGGUGCACGAGACUUUGCUGACCAUGCCUGGACAGGGCUUACGGUACUUGGAGCACAUUUGCCAGAUGCUGGAGAAGAUCGCCCACCUGCAGCAAGCCAACCUCCGACUUCAGCAUCAGCAGCAGAUUAUGGAGUGCCGGGUGCGGGUCCAGGAAGCUGAGAAUGAAGGCUUUUCUGAAGAUGUGCCAGAUGGCCCUGGGCUGAUGACACUUGAAAUGCAGGCUGAGGAUCCAGCAGCCAUGGAAAAGUUGGCGGAAGAGGAGCAUCUCAAAUCGGCUGACUGCUGGCACCCCCACCACUUCCGGGCUCGCUCUGCCUCGGACACGCGUGUGCUACGGAGCCCAGCCCAUAACCUGGGGAACAAGGCUGGUUGCCCUCAGAAGGCCACAGCCCACUCUGCCAGCUCUCCCAGUUUGCUGGAUCAGCUAGAUGGGGGCUCACACACCUUGCCACCAGGCAUGAAGCUCAAGGACCACUCUCACUGGGGCAAAGUCAAAGGGCUGAUCAGCAGGAUUACGAGGAAAUCUGUGCGGGCCAAUGAACCAAUCCCAUCUGGUGAGCCUGCCCCCAGCAGCAGUCAGUGUAGAACAUAUACCAUAUUGGACAAAGAAGAAUCCCAGCCCAGGUGGCGUUUCCUGCCCACUCUGGGGGCAAAAAAGCACAGAUCGAAACACCUUUCCAUGCAGUGAGCCACAGGUUCUCUUGGAGGCGUGACAGGUCUGGGGGCCCCAAGUCAGCGCUGUCAUGCACACAGACUGUUCUUCCCUUCCUUGUG